GAUGGCCACCUUUUAAAUCGCACACGGAAUGGUGGCACUUGAUUGCUGUGCCCCCUAUAAACGGAGAUCAACCUUCUUUGUCGCCUUUACAGCUUUCGCCUCGCAGUACUUGCGGUGUGUGAUGCAACGGUGAUGAUUGGCCCACCUGUCCAUGCACGCUGCACCAAGCAGGUUCAAAUUCUUGAUCAGGAGGUCUCGAUGCCCCGACGGAUAGCACGGAUUGCUUCCCCGGCCAUUCAAUAUCAACUGGGAAGUGAAUCACAUACUCCCGGAGGUAUGCAGCUUUCCCGACUCGAAGUCAAUUGAAUUGGAAUCUAUACCCUUCCUCCCACCCAAGUA